GGCCUGCCGGGAGGCGGAAGCGGAAGCGCGGGUCUCCCGGGAGCGAUGGCAGCCGGGGGUCCCAGCCGCUCGGAGCGCAAGGCGGCGGAGCGGGUCCGGAGGCUGCGGGAGGAGCAGCAGCGGGAGCGCCUCCGUCAGGUGUCGCGCAUCCUGAGGAAGGCGGCAGCGGAGCGCAGCGCCGAGGAGGGCCGGCUCCUGGCCGAGAGCGAGGACCUGGUGACCGAGCUGCAGGGCCGGAGCAGGCGGCGCGAGGGCCUGAAGCGGCGGCAGGAGGAGGUGUGCGACGACCCGGAGGAGCUGCGGAGGAAAGUGCGGGAGCUGGCCGGCGCCGUCCGGAACGCCAAGUACCUGGUCGUCUACACGGGCGCCGGCAUCAGCACGGCAGCCUCUAUCCCAGAUUACCGGGGCCCUAAUGGAGUGUGGACGCUGCUUCAGAAAGGGAGAAGCGUUAGUGCUGCUGACCUGAGUGAGGCCGAGCCAACCCUCACCCACAUGAGCAUCGCCCGCUUACACGAGCAAAAGCUGGUGCAGCACGUGGUGUCUCAGAACUGUGACGGGCUCCACCUGCGGAGCGGGCUGCCGCGGACGGCCAUCUCGGAGCUCCACGGGAACAUGUACAUUGAAGUCUGUACAGCCUGCACACCCAACAGGGAAUACGUGAGGGUGUUUGAUGUGACUGAGCGCACCGCCCUGCACCGGCACCAGACGGGCCGGGCCUGCCACAAGUGUGGGGCCCAGCUCCGGGACACCAUUGUGCACUUUGGGGAGCGGGGCACGCUGGGGCAGCCUCUGAACUGGGAGGCAGCCACUGAGGCUGCCAGCAAGGCAGACACGAUCCUGUGUUUAGGUUCCAGCUUAAAGGUUCUAAAGAAGUAUCCACGCCUCUGGUGCAUGACCAAGCCCCCCAGCAGGCGGCCCAAGCUCUACAUUGUAAACUUGCAGUGGACCCCGAAGGAUGACUGGGCUGCCCUGAAGCUUCAUGGGAAGUGUGAUGACGUCAUGCAGCUCCUCAUGGACGAGUUGGGCCUGGAGAUCCCCCCCUACAGCAGGGUCUUAUAGGGGAAAUCAAUAACUUCUUUUAAUCAAAGGGUUCAAGAAUUAAGGAUCCCUUCACCUUCUGGGCCUGGCAAUUCUUGUAUGUUAUGUUUGUGCUGUUCUGUAAUGUGGGCCUAUUGUGUACUGUAUUUUUUUUUUUUUUUACAUUAACUUAGCUCAUUUUCUUUAUCAGUGCUUAUCUGUAUCUUAAGUUUAUGAUAUGUGGUUCUACAUCUCCGUCAGACACAUGAUCUCUUCACGGUGUAGUCUGUAGGCCGCGCCUCCCUAGUCAGCUGGCCUUUCCCGCCCCCCCCCACCCCCCCCAUCAGGUCUGGCAGUCUGGGAAGAGGGAGAGGGUCUGGCCCACCCACCCCUGACCGUACAAUUGAAAGGUGGGACCCAGAGUUGCUAGUGACCAACCUUGGGCGCGCACAGCCUGCUCGAUCACCAGAAAGGACACUGAGUUCUCGGGGGCCGAGCUGGUCUGAAUCACUCAGGAACCUUAGCCGUCCGGCAGCUGCUCUGUAGCUCGGGUGUGAUGGAACUGCCGCUAGGCAGAGCCUGGCCACAGUUCAGACCCCAGGGGAGGGCAGCAGGGUGACCGCAGUCAGCUUUCCCGCCCUGGGGCAGGUUGUGACUGAGGGGCUGCCAGGCACGUCUGACCCAGCUUUCCCUUUU